CCAAAAUUAAAAAAAAAAAAAAAAACUCUAUUGAUACUUUUCAAACCCACAAAUGGAUCACAAACUCCUACUUACACCUCCCAAAUGUUUAUACACCAAAUAUAUUAUAACAAUCAUUUACUUCUUAUCAAUCUCUCAGCACAAUGCCCAUUACAUAACUUCAUGCAAACAAACACCAUACCCUAACGUAUGCGCCCACCACAUGUCCAAUUCACCUCUCAAAACUUUAGACGACCAAACCGAUGGGCUCACUUUCCACGACCUUGUGGUUAGCUCCACCAUGGACCAAGCCAUGCACCUCCACCGCCUCGUCUCCACGGUGAAACGACGCCGUCGUUAUCUCCACAAACACGCCACGUCAGCUUUGCUCGAUUGCUUGGAGCUCUACGAGGACACCAUAGACCAACUCAACUACUCUCGGCGAUCCUACGAUCAAAAUUCUUCGGCGCAUGAUAGACAAACCUCGUUAAGCGCCGCCAUAGCUAAUCAAGACACUUGCAAAAACGGAUUUAAAGACUUUAAUUUAACCUCAUCAUAUUCAAAAUACUUUCCUAUACACUCUCACCGGAAUCUCACUAAGUCUAUAAGCAACUCUUUGGCGGUUGCUAAGGCUGCGGCUACGGCUGAGAAAUAUCCAGCGACAACGUUUACAAAGUUUAGCAAACAAGGAAGUCGUGGCGGAGGUGGUGGUAGUCGGAGACUGAUGUUUUCCGACGAGAAAUUUCCUUCGUGGAUACCUUUUUCCGACCGUAAACUUCUGCAAGAUUCGGGAACUACGACCAAAGCCAAAGCCGAUCUUGUGGUAGCUAAAGACGGUUCGGGUCGUUACACAAGUAUUCAACAAGCGGUAAACGCAGCAGCCAAAUUUUCUCGGAGAAACAAGAGGCUUGUGAUAUACGUUAAAGCCGGCGUUUACCAAGAAAACGUGGAGAUCAAGAAAUCGAUCAAGAAUUUGAUGGUUAUCGGAGACGGCAUCGACUCUACCAUUGUCACCGGAAAUAGGAACGUUAAAGAUGGCACGACGACGUUUCGAUCCGCAACUUUUGCUGUUUCCGGCAGCGGUUUUAUCGGACGAGACAUAACAUUCGAGAACACGGCGGGUCCACAGAAACACCAAGCGGUGGCUCUCCGAUCAGGUUCAGAUUUCGCCGUCUUCUACGGCUGUUCUUUCAAAGGCUAUCAAGACACUCUCUACCUUCACUCUCGCCGUCAGUUCUUGAGAGACUGCGACGUUCACGGCACCGUCGACUUCAUCUUCGGAGACGCAACCGCAAAUCUCCAAAACUGCAACAUCUACGCUCGUAAACCGAUGAGCGGCCAGAAAAACACUGUCACUGCUCAAUCACGCAAAGACCCUAACGAGAACACUGGCUUCGUCAUCCAGAGCUCUACGGUGGCUACGGCGUCGGAGACUUACUUAGGCCGGCCGUGGAAAUCGUACUCGAGGACGGUUUUCAUGAAAUGUGAUCUCGGAGGGCUUGUGAAUCCGGCGGGAUGGUUGCCUUGGAGCGGCGACUUUGCUCUGAAGACUCUUUAUUACGGCGAGUAUGCUAAUACCGGCGCCGGAGCAAGUCUGUCUCGUAGAGUUACGUGGCCGGGAUAUCAUGUUAUAAAGACGGCGACGGAGGCGGGGAAAUUCACGGUGGAGAAUUUCUUGGACGGGAAUUAUUGGAUCACGGCUGCGGGAGUGCCGGUCAACGCUGGACUUUGACUUUUUGUGUUUGAUUGGUGUUGACUUUUUAUGUGUCAAGAGUGUUUGAUUUUGUUGGCGUGUGAUGUUUCCAUGUUUAUAUAUACGUAGUUUUGCUUUACAUUGUGGAUGGAUCGUUUUGGUUGGAUAUACAAUAAGAAAUCCAAUGUAAUGUGAGUUUGGUUGGAGAUAUCUAAUAUAUAUUUCUGUUUUAAUGAAA